AUGUCCUUCCACAGCCACCCAGACAACAAGCGUCCACAAGCCCUAGGUGAAUCUGUCGAGUCGCGCGUACGAAUUUCCUACCAGAUUGAGACUGGAAGUACUAGCAAGUACAUCGACCUUGGGACAGGGUCCGCCAACCCUCGUUCCGAAUACCAUUGUGAGAUCCGGUAUGACGGAAGUGUGAAAAUCUGGAACGUUAUCGGCAACCACAGGUUCACAGUUGAGUACGAACCGAAGCAGGUUCUAUUCGAGGCCUUGAAGAAGCGCAAUGCUGGAGGUGACUGGGUUUAUCUAGAUCCGCGAUAUGACUCGUGGACCCCAAAUGCUGGCGGCCAACCCAACACGCAGCUGGUUGUGCGCAUGCUUGACGAUUCGCCGACUGCUACCCUUUCCCGUGAGCAUGACACCCUGAGGAAUUCUUUGGCUACCACAAACGUCUUUCCUCUCGCUCGAUCAUAUAAGCUGUUCACCUGGGUCAAGCUGCAUUUGUUGGACGCUUUUCGCAGCCGGAAAUGGCAUUCUGAGUUAAUUGUCCGACUCAUAACCGAAGCAAAGCUUGGCCACGCCCGCAAAGAUACCCGGCAGCCAGACCGCGAUGUGAUGAUGGAUGGUGUUUCGGGUACCUCAGAGACGCUUGACCCGCAUAUGAUGGCCUUCCUCGACGCUGAAGAAGCCGCCAUGAAAGCCGAACGAGUGGACGGCGGAGCGAUUACGGCAGCGGUAAGAGCAAUGAGGACUUCAUUAUCAGGACCAGAAACGAACACCACAUAUCGAUUACCCAUCAAAGCAAUGUUUGAGUACCAAGGCAAGGCCGUCAGAGACGUUGUGCCACUCGCAGAAAAGGGGUGUUCGGUCGAUUUCUCCCCUUUCGAUGACAUCAACCCGUCUCAGCAGAAGGCGAUUCAGAACAUCUUCGCGUACCCAGUGUCACUCAUUCACGCUCCCCGUGGCUGUGCAUUGACGGCGACUAUCGUCUUCGCGACGGAGGCUAUCCUACGUAAGGCUCCGAAAACGAAGAUCCUCGUUUGCUCGAGGUCAAAUGCUGCAGCGGACCAGAUCGAUUCCGGGUUCAGCAUACGUCAACAUCUAUGCGGUGUUCGGUUCGGACAUCUGCGAUUCUUGCCGCGCACGACAGACGAGCUCCAAGAUGUUCGAGUCGUCAUUUGCACGUACGCAACGUCUGGGAUUGAGCGACUCCUGAAACACUGGGAUGCUCAGGUCCUUAUCGGUGACGAUGCUGGCAGCAUCAGGCAUUACGAAUUGAUUGUCCCAAUCUCUGCGCAUUUAGAGUCCCUGACCCGGUUGGUUCUCCUGGGCGACCACAUCCAAAGUAGUCCUUCCGCAUCCACAGCAGCGGGACGCAUGGCCUGGGAUAAAUCGAUCUUUGAGAGCAUGAUGGACAGAGAAUGGCCCCGGCAACUGCUCGACGUCAACUACUUGACGCACUCGGACCUGUGGUAUCUGACAAGCUUUGUCUUCUAUCGCAGCCUAAUUUCAGCGGCACGAAGCACGACCAACCCAGGGCCGUUCUUGACCAAACUCCUGACGAGAUUCGAGGCAGGUGUGCGGAUCGAGGACAAUCGUGGAGGCACCGCGAGGAUCUCUUCGUUUGCACAUUUCUUCGACAUCCGUGACAGGCGAAAUGAAAGCAUCGACCCCGAAGUUAGCUGUGUGGAGACGGUCGUAAACGCGUUACUUUGCAGCGAUGCGUGCAAAGCAGAUGAAAUAAUCGUGGUUCAUGGCUCGCGCGAGUAUCACGAUCUUCUAACAUUCAAGUCCACGAGCAAUGGCUGGUCGGCCGUAACCAUCGAACACGUCGCUUCGGCUCAAGGCCUCUCUCGGAAAGUUGCCGUUAUCUGUCUACCGCGGAGUGAAGAAGAGCUCGUCCACUCGCCCAUGAGCCAGCGGCGUAGCGUUAGUGCCAUGAUGUCGCUUGCCUCGGAUGUAUUCUUCGUCGUUGGAACGUGGAAGUCUAUUUGCCUUCUGGACCACACGAACGACCUGCAACGAGUGCUGUUCUGCAUGGACGAAACAAUCGAGAAAUUCCUGCUCCGAGUCGGCGAAAGGCCCUACACCUACAGUGUAGAGGGACUGGUUACUGCGAAGAACGCAGAGGCACGGGGAUCGUAG